AUGUUAUAUUGGAAAGAGCACUCCGAAGCUACUUCUUGUUGUAUUUGUAGCACAAGUCGGUACAUUAAAGGGGCAGCUGAAGAUGGAACAUCUGCUAAAAAGAUAGCAGCAAAAGUACUUCGCUAUUUUCCACUAGGACCAAGAUUACAACGGUUGUAUAUGUCUCGGCACACAGCCGAGUCAAUGAUAUGGCAUUCUACAAAAAGACCAAGAGAUGGUUUUCUUCGUCACCCAGCCGAUUCUCCUGCUUGGUCAAAGGUAGAUGAGCUAUAUCCUAAUUUUGGAAAUGAGAGUCGUAAUGUACGUUUGGGUUUGGCUAGUGAUGGGUUCAACCCGUUUGGCAAUAUGAGUACAUCACAUAGCACUUGGCCGGUUGUUAUGUCUGUGUAUAAUCUUCCACCUUGGAUGUGCAUGAAGCAACCAUACAUGAUGUUAUCUUUACUCAUUCCCGGACCCAAAGGGCCUGGUAAUGAUAUCGACGUUUACUUGCAACCUUUAGUGGAAGAGCUAAAGAAUUUAUGGAAUGAAGGGAUUCAUACAUAUGAUGCCUUUACUAAGAGUACAUUUACAAUGCGUGCAGCCGUAUUAUGGACUAUAUCAGAUUUCCCGGCUUAUGCCAUGUUGUCUGGUUAUAGUACUAAAGGCUAUAAGGCAUGUCCUGUUUGCAUGGAAGAAACUGAUUCUAUUAGACUGCAUCAUGGAAAUAAAGAAUGUUUUAUGGGGCAUCGACGAUGGUUACCUAUUGAGCACAAAUAUCGGAGGUGGCGAAAUAGCUUUAAUGGUCUCCCAGAGCAUCGUGGUAGACCAACAGUAAUGUCAGGAACUGAUUGCCUUAGAGCUUUGAGUGGGUUGAGGUUUCAAUUUGGGAAGGGAAAAAUACCUGCAAAGGUUCGAAAACGAUCACGGUCAUCAACAUUGCAGCAAGAGCCAGUCAAAGGAAAUUGGAGGAAAAAAAGUAUAUUUUUUGAUCUGCCAUAUUGGGAGCAUUUGCUCUUACGCCACAAUCUCGAUGUUAUGCACAUCGAAAAAAAUGUCACAGAUAGUGUGGUUGGUACAUUGCUUGGGAUGAAAUGGAAGAACAAGGAUAGUGCAAAAGCUCAUGAAGACAUGGUACUUUUGAAUGUGAAAAAGGGUCUUCACCCUAUAUCACCAGGUGGAAGAUAUCCUCCAGCUAUUUUCAACUUAAAAAAUAUGGAGAAGACCACUAUCUGCAAGGUAUUACAUUCAAUACAUCCACCAGAUGGAUUUUGCUCAAAUAUUAGUAAUUGUGUUCGUGUUGAAGAAAGGACUUUGGUGGGACUUAAAAGUCAUGACAAUCACAUUCUUAUGCAACAUCUUCUUCCGGUUGCCAUUCGUCGUGCCAUUAGUUGUAAGGUCUUAACCACGGUCUUGUUGGAAUUAAGCUCAUUCUUCAGACAAUUAUGCACCAAGGUGGGAUCAGCUGAUUAUUAUGCAAAUUUGUCUCGUCAAAUUGCUUUAGCUCUUUGCACACUAGAGGCUAUCAUGCCACCGGCAUUUUUCGACGUCAUGGAACACCUACCAAUUCACUUGGCUGAUGAAGCUGCUAUAGCUGGUCCGGUUCAAUACCGCUGGAUGUAUCCCAUUGAGAGGUAUCUGUUCACAUUAAAAAAAUAUGUGAGAAACAAAAAUCUUCCAGAAGGAUGUAUCGCUGAGGGAUACAUAAUAGAAGAGUGUCUUUCAUUUUGUGUCAUGUAUCUAUCAGAUGGAGUAGAUUCUAAAAGAACAAGAAUAGGUCGUAACGCCGAUGACCCGAACAAUGUCCCAAGGUUGGGAUUGCCAGUCUUUGAUAAAAAAGGGCGUGCUCUAGAGAAACCACAUGAGUUCAAGUUAACUAAAGAGGAUUUGCUGCGAGCUCAUACACAUGUUCUCAUCAACUGUCCAGAGAUCAAAUCUUAUCUAAAAGAACAUGUGGAAAGAGAAAAAAGUAAAAGAGGUCGCCGGUCAUGUCAAGAUUCUGAGAGACUGGCAAACUUAUCAUUUGCUGCAUACUUCAAGAACCUUAUAGAGACAAAGGUUCGGAAUGGUGAUAGAGGUAUCGACCCUGAUGUUAGAGCAUUAGCUGCAGGCCCUAAUGAAACUGUUGGGAGAUACAAGAAAUAUGUCAUCAACGGAUUUCGCUUUCAUGUGAAGUCUCUGGACACCGGAUCCAAUGCUCAAAAUAGUGGAAUAUUUGUUAAUGCCGGAUCUAACUGUUACGCUACUGCUGAUGACCAUCGACCAAGAGAUGGAAUGCUUGACUACUAUGGGAUAUUAACAGAUAUCAUAGAGCUUGACUAUCACAGUGGUAGAAAAGUGUUAUUAUUUGAUGGUGAUUGGAUUGAUAACCGGACAGCUAAUCGAGGGAUAAAGAAGGAUGAGUAUGGAUUCUUAUUAGAAAACUUUAAUCACUUGCUUCCUAAGCCAGACACUUUAGUAUUUGCCUCACAAACAUUACAGGUAUUUUAUGUAAAGUGUCCUGUUGAGUUGGAUUGGGAUGUGAUUGUGAGGACAAGACCGAGAGAUUAUUUUGACAUGGGGGCAGACUUAUCACCUGAGCCAUAUGCACAUCAGGAACUACAUAAUGGAGAUGAUGAUGGCGAGGACAUGACUAUUCCGAGAACGGAUAUGCCAGACAUUGCGUUGGAUUAG